AAUCCAUAGAUAAUAGGGACAGUGGGUCUGAUGAGUCAUCCACCCACUACAGGAGCCCGUCAGUCCGUUCUACCGUAAUCUACCUAGUACAGGCAUAGAGAGUCUGUUCUACCGUAAUCCAUAGCGUGUAGGAGCUGAUGGGUCUGCUGAUUUAACUGACCUUCUGCUGUACCGUCAUGCGCACAGAUCGGGAUCUGUGUGAACUACCGUAAUCUACCUAGUGAAUGUGACCUGGAGAGGGGGCGACGCAGGAGGCGAAAUAAACAAGUACCGUAAAACACCGACAUCCGUAAUUAACCUAAUCCCGUACAACAAAAACAGCGGAGACAAUGUCCAAUGAAACACACCAGGCCUGGGCCCAGCCCGUUCUUUAACGUCAUUAAAUGCAACGAAAGUAUUCCUAUUACAGCGCGUAUGUUGUGUUUUGUGUCUUGUUGUUGGGCGGCGUGUCUUGGGGAUUUACGGUAGGUCGGCGUUCUGUCACGUGAUGCAACCGGGAGCCCUGCAGAGUCGGAGGAUGCGUUUUGCAAUCUGUCUUCGAAUUCUCUGCACUCCGCCGCGUCUAUUUGUCCCUCCGCAGUUGCAGUGUAAAUUCAGCCGUUUCCAGCAUUUCCGAGCUGAGACUUUGUCUGAAGCUACUCCAGACAGACAGUCGCACAGGAAGACUUCAAGAAACCACUGUGUGAACUCUCAGUUGAUCUCCCCUCCGGUCCGGUACAUCUUCAGUGGAAGCAGCAGUGAUGAGAAGGUGCAGUCACUGCAAGACAUAACGAGGCUCAUUCUGAGCAAGAAAUGCAGCAAGGUCGUGGUGAUGUGUGGUGCAGGGAUUAGUACGCCCAGUGGAAUCCCUGAUUUCAGGUCAGCGGGCAGUGGACUGUACGAUAACCUACAGCAGUACGAUCUGCCCUAUCCUGAAGCCAUCUUUGACAUCAAUUACUUUGCGCACAAUCCAAAGCCAUUCUUUGCUCUGGCCAAGCAGCUAUACCCUGGUCACUGCAAACCCAACUACAUUCACUACUUCGUCAGGCUCUUGCAUCAGAAGGGGCUGUUGUUGCGAAUGUACACACAGAACAUCGACGGUCUGGAACGCAGGGCGGGGAUCCCACCGGAGAAGCUGGUGGAAGCUCAUGGAUCGUUCGCCACUGCAACGUGCACCGUGUGUCGAGAGAGAUUCACCUGGGAGCGGCUCCGGGGGGAUGUUAUGGAGGGAAAGGUUCCGCACUGCUCCUUGUGCUCCGGAGUCAUCAAACCUGACAUCGUCUUUUUCGGGGAACAGCUGCCGCGGAAUUUCUACCAACACCUUAUCGACUUCCCGUUCGCUGAUCUGCUGAUCAUCCUGGGGACUUCACUUGAGGUCCAUUUUCAGGUGGAGCCAUUUGCCAGUCUCUCCGAGAUGGUGAGGAAUUCAGUUCCCCGAAUCCUCAUCAACCAGGAUGUGGUGGGAUCACUCACUCGGAACCCACUGAGGACCAGAGAUGUUGUGGAGCUGGGGGACGUGGUCAGGGGAGUGAAAAGAUUUUCUGACCUGCUGGGCUGGGACGACGACGUUAAUGAACUGCUCACCAGAGAGCACAGCGAGACGCUGCUGACUAGCUGAGUUCUUCCAGCAUUUCGUUUUUUAAAUGGAAAUAGGAACGAUGAGAGAACAGGCAGCAAACGCUGCCUCCCCGGCCAUCUCCUCGAUCUCCAUCUCACCAAGGGACAGACGCGGAGAGCAAGGGUGCCA